CUCAAAAUAUUAUUAAAUAACGAUUUUUGGAGUUGAUGUAAAAUGGAGACAUCCAUGUUUCUUUAAAUAACCGCAAGAGGAUGUUAUUUUGGAAGAACCUAAGAUUUGAAUCUAAAAUACAUUGGAUUUUCUUUUGGGAGUGAUAUUCUUGACAUAUUGACCGCUUACCCUCAUCUCCCACCCCUUCCAGAGUCCAGGAGCCUCGUUUCCUCUUGUUGUGGAUCUUCAGAAGGGCAACUGAGGCAGUGUCAAACAUAUCCCUCCCUCAAGGGAGCUGACUGAUGAAGCGAGAGUCACCAUGGAGAAGAAGGUCUCAGCCUCCAGUCGAAAGGAGAACAGGGCCCCUGGCCCACGAGCUCCACGGAGAUCAGAAAGGAGAGUUCAGAAGAAUGUGGGUGUCAGUCUGUACGUGGGAGACAGAGGUGAUGCUAUGAUGCCCCCGUGCUGGGCAGAUAGGGCAGCUGGGCAGGCGGUGGAGCAAAGCGGGGUUCAAGCUGGAGGUUUGCUCAUCCCCUGCGGCAAAGUCUUCUGGAAGAGCGACCCCAGCCCGAUCCAGACCAACCUACUGGGUUCAUGCCAGCCUUUGAAGGAGGCCCCUAGCCAGCGGCCCAACUCCUGUUUCCAACAGCAAAGUAACCUUCAGCCCUGCCCCUGGAGACCUCGCAGGGCACCCAACUUGCUUGGGAAACCCCAAGAGAAGAUCCUGUGGCAGAGAAACCAGAGCCUCCAGCUGGAGGAGCAGCCUAAGAAAAUCCUAACGUGGAAGCCCGAAGAGGGGCCAGGGCCCCAAUGCCCGGGGGGCAGACACCAUGUUCUAGGCAGGUCCAACCCACCCAGAGGGCAGCCAUUUCAGAGCCACCGGACAGCACCUCCUACUUCUGACCGGAGCACCUCCCUGGUGGGUCUUGAUAGGGUCCCAUUAUUUCCCUCCCAGUGCCAUUGUUCUUCAGGCAGCGGGAGCAGGGACUCUAGCCACCACCUUAGAGGGCCCUUCUCUUUGGAAGUUUUGGGUCCCUCUUGCAAGCCUCCCGACCCUUCUGCCGGCUCUCAGGCCCCGCAGGCUCCCUUCCAGGCAACCCACACUUCUGCCCUCCUGCCCUCCUGCAUGCAGAGAUUCAGGCAGGAAGUGGCUCUGAUUGAAAUGGUUGGCUCUCAGGGCGACAGUGAGGUCCUCCUGGAAGGGGCUGCCCCAGACGAUUGUCUCCCGGGGAUGCCGAGGGGAAGGGGACUGCCGAUGGUGGGACAGAACCACAUCAGAGACAUCCCUUGGAAAGUGGACUCAGCUAUGGCCACAGGCCAGGGGCUGGAGACCAGGGACCUGGGUGCCGCUGAAUCCUCCGACUCCCCCACUAGGGACGAGCGUGUCACGCAGUGUGUACGCAGAGCUGGAACCGGAAGACACAGCCUCUCUGAGGGAAGCUGGACCGAUCCCUUCUCCACCGUCAGUGCUAGCUCCUUCACCGACCGUGAAACGAAAGAGCACCCCUCGAAAGCUUCUCUGUUCCUCGGGACCAAGAGGAUACGGCGGCAGUCCAAGAAGGGAGAGGCCCAAACCGGGCUCCCGUUUGGACCGUUUCCCCCUCUCAUGCCCACUGGGGAAGACUGCCCCCCUGACCCCUGUGCAGAUGGAGCGCAAGCGUCUUGGGAGAUGUGGCCAAGGGGAGGUCUGCGUCCUCUCGGUUUCUCUGGCAGAGGUGCUGUCCUACAAGUGGACGCCGUUUCGGCUCAGCAGUUCAGUCUAGGUGAAAGUGGCAUCUCUCAAGGCGGCAAGGGCGGUGGAGCUCCAGCGAGGAGAGGAGAGGCCAGCCAUGCCGCUGCCGGGCAGAAGGACCCAGAGAGCAGGGAUCCCAAUCCUGGGCUCUGCACCUGUGGGGAAGAGGGCAGAGAGGACCGGAGAGACUGCGAUUCAGACUCCGUGAACCUCCACGAAUUGCACCUUGCUGGGGCUCAGGGAGUUGCAGCCUUUUGCUUUGGGAUCCCCUGGGGACGGGACGGAGCCAGAUUGGAGCCGGACCCAGCUGAGAAGAACCCAGCUGAGGAGACCCUUUUGACGACGCAGAGCCAGGAGGAUCGAUAUCUGGUCCAGGAAGAUGGGGACCGGCUGCAGGAUGCACUACAGGGGGAGAUUUCUGCUGAGGGUGCUGUAUCUCUGAAGAACAGGCUGACAAGGGAUCAAGCCAGGAGCCGACUCUCCCAGAGCUUUGGGGCCUGGCGAUGCCUCGUGCUGGGGAAGAGGGUGGCGGCCCAGCAUCUGUACAGGCAGCAGCUGCUGCGAAAGGGGAUCAGGGCCCUGUGGUGGGCAGUGCAGCUGAGGGACAUGCAGCUGGACAGCGCACGGAGGACACACUCACGAGGCGUCCUGAUCAGGAGCUUCCGCAAGGUCAGCAGAAGCAGUCGGGUGGAGAGCUGGACGGUGCUCGGAGGACACACUCACAAGGUGUCCUGUUCGGGAGCUUCCGCGAGGCAAGCCGGGGCGGUCGGGUGGAGUGGGGGAGGCCCCACGGCCCUGGGAUACGGAGGGGAUGGAGGAGGCCGGCUCUGGGGAGGACGCAGGCCGGGAGAGAGAGGUCGAGAUGGAAUCCUCCAGCGAGAAAUGUGUUUUCGACCUGUUCCUCUAGAGCACCACGGUGCUCAGCAGCCUUGGAAAAGUGCUCUCCCCCUCAAGGUUAAAGUGAGGCCAGAAGUCUGAGCACUGGGACGGAAGGUGGGACAAACAGAAAAUGUCAGGAAAAACUCACCCCAAAAACAUUGCAACCGGUUUAAAAGGAGCUGAAAAUGAUGCACAGCUUUAUGCAGCGAGAUCAAUUUAAACAAUCGUGUAAGGUAAAGAAAGGAGUGUUCAAAAACA